AUGACUGCAAAUACAAAAUCAAAUGUCAUGAGAUUGUUCUUGUUGAGGCAUGGGCAAAGCGAAUUAAAUCAUGAGAAUAUCUUUUGCGGUUGGAUUGAUGCUAAAUUGACUGAAAAAGGAAAAGAGCAAGCUCGUCAUUCAGCUGAAUUGAUUAAACAGUAUUGCGAGACAAAUCAAUUGGAUUUGCCCCAGAUCGGUUACACAUCGCGCUUGAUCAGAACUCAACAAACUAUAGAAACGAUGUGCGAAGAGUUCAGGUUGGAACCGCAACUGCAAGUUGUCUAUGACUUUAAUAAAGUCGAACUUGGGAGUAAAUUCGGUGGUGACAAGAAAAAUACUACAAAAAUCCCCAUUCUUCAAACUUGGAGGUUAAACGAGCGUCACUAUGGCUCUUGGCAGGGCCAAAGGAAACCAAAUGUCUUAGAAGAAUACGGUAAGAAAGAAUACAUGUUUAUCAGAAGAGAUUACGAAGGUAAACCCCCACCAGUAGACCUAAGCCGUGAGAUGAUCCAGCAAGAGAACGAGAAGGGUUCUUCCACCGGGUACGAAUUCAAAGAGCCAAAUAGACAGGUCAAAUAUGAACUGGAAUGUAGCAAUCAUGACAUCGUCUUACCAGACUCCGAAUCUCUUCGUGAGGUUGUUUAUAGAUUGAACCCAUUUUUACAAAACGUCAUACUGAAAUUAGCUACCCAAUACGAUGAAUCGUCCUGCUUAAUCGUGGGCCAUGGAAGUUCAGUAAGAUCGCUCUUGAAAAUUCUGGAAGGCAUAUCGGAUGAUGACAUUAAAAAUGUCGAUAUCCCAAACGGAAUUCCAUUGGUUGUUGAAUUGGAUAAGAAUGAUGGUCUUAAGUUCAUCAGGAAAUAUUAUUUGGAUCCUGAAUCGGCCAAAAUUAAUGCUGAAAAAGUUCGUAAUGAAGGUUUCGAAAAAAACCCUUAA